AUGUCUUUUGCUAGAAGAGGCUGUUUCAAGUGUGGUAACGUUGGACAUUUUGCCGACGCGUGUCCCGAACCCGAAAGACUUUGCUAUAAUUGUAAACAACCUGGCCACGAGGCGAGUUUGUGCCCUCAACCCAGAACUGCCGAUGCUAAACAAUGUUACUCGUGUGGUAGCGUUGGACACCUUCAAGCUGAUUGCUCCUCUGUUCGUGUUAACGGUAAUGGGGGUCAUUUAGCUCGUAAUUGUAAUGGUGGUGGAUAUGGCGGUGGUGGAGGAUAUGGAAGUAACCGCGGUGGAUCCCGCGGAGGAGGUGGUUAUGGUGGAGGUGGUAACCGCGUAAUCUGCUAUAAAUGUGGUGGUUUCAACCAUUAUGCAAAAGACUGCCAAGCAAAUGGCGUAAAAUGCUAUAAUUGUGGGCGAUUUGGUCAUAUCGUACGUAUCUUGUCCCGCGAGUGUCCAACCGCCCAAAGUCCCGACAAGUCUGUGAAAACUUGUUACCGUUGUGGUGAACGAGGUCACAUUUCGAAGGAUUGUAAUAGCAGCGUCCAAGCAAACUAA